UUUUCCCUCAACAGCCAUUCAAUCCUGCAAUGUUGUGCCAUAAAUGUCAUAUUCAAACAGCUUUAUGAUGAAUUAUUAAAGCACAAAUUAUGCUGGAGAGCGUGAAUACUCCAUAGCCCUAUUAGUAGACUUCAUAGCUUUAUAAGGCAGUUUAAGUCCCAGGUGAACCGCAUCCUAUGCUUUUGUUAUUAUUGUAGACUUUAGUGAAGAAGAGAGAUGGCACAAACUAUGAGUUGGGAGGCUGAGUUGAAUGUUCCUGCAAACCAAAUAUGGAAGGCCUUUGAGAAUUGUGCAGAUAUUUUUCCCAAGCUGAUGCCCAAUCACUUCAAAAGCAUUGAUGUACUUGAGGGAGAUGGCAUCAGCCCUGGAAGUGUUAGACUCAUCAAAUAUGGAGAAGGGUUUCAGAUGGCAACUUACAAGUUGGAGAAAAUAGAAUCCUUGGACGAGGCCAAUAUGACUACCACUCACAGCGUACUGAGUGGAGAGAUAAUGCAUAAGUACAAGACAUACAAGCUGACUUUGAAGGUAAGCCCUGGAGUUAGAUCAGGCACUUGCGUUGUGAAGUGGGUUAUUGAGUAUGAACCGGCUCAUGAAGGCGAGGUUGUACACCCAGAGAAUGCCAAGGAAACUGCAGUACACACCUUCAAGGUCUUGGAAGAAUAUCUUCUCUCCAACCCACUUCCAGUGACUUAGCUUAGCUGUUACUAUAUAGGUCCCUAUGGCUGAUUAAUCCAAAAAUCAUAUGAUUAGUACUAUUAUAAUAAAAUAAAGGGCUAGGCCUAAGAACUAUCUGUUUGAAGCUAUGUGAAGCCUUGUUUUCCCAGGGUCUCGAUUGGCUUGAUAUUUUGUAUCAACAAUGGCGAUGUGUUCUGUGAGAAAGCAAGGUCUUGUAUGGCUAUGUGUUUUAAAUCAGCUUUGGUGGUGUACUCUGUGUGAGAUGUUAAAUGGUUUAUCAAUGUAUUAGUGUUCUACAAUUAGUUUCUGUAUGAUCUAUUUAA